AUGACUUACUCUCUUGCAAAUCUUGCACGUUAUUUUUAUUCUUUCUCCAAUUCAAACCUUAAUAAUUUUUCGUCAAAACGUUUAUAUAUUUCUAUCUUUUCUUAUUCUUUUUCAAGUCAAGCUAACUGUUACAAUUCACCUUUUCAUAAACUUGAUCACCUUAGGCAGUCUAAUAAAUAUCAAACAUUUUUACUACGAGGAAAAAUGUCGGACGAAUUCAUCAAACCAUCUGAAUUAGUUGAGAUUAUAAAAGAUACUACUAAAGUUCCUGGAAAAGAUUAUUUGGUGGUUGAUGUUAGAGAUGAUGAUUACGAAGGAGGUAAUAUACCAAAUAGCAUUAACAGCCCUUCUACAAAAUUUCUUGAUGAUGUUGAUGGUCUUAUUUCCAAAUACAACCAAGUACCUAGAAUAGUUUUCACAUGCGCUUUAUCUCAAGUUCGUGGGCCAAAAUGUGCAAGAAUUUUCAAAGAAGUAACAGAAAACAUGGGAACUAAUCAAAAAGUUCAAGUGUUACAAGGUGGAAUCAGUGAAUGGCAGAGUCAAAAUAAGGCUGAUCCUAAACUAAUUGAAAAUUAUGAUCCUGAUUAUUGGGAAUAAGAUUAUUAAUAUUAUAUUACUUGAAUCGUGCUAUUCCUGAGUCAGUAAUUGACUUUUUCCAUCAAGAGGUUUAUUUAUUCUACAAUGUUAAUAAAGUUUCGAAUUUGAAUUACUUUGCACAAU